AAAAGAGGAUUGCCCUGCUCAGGGCAGUAGAAGCUUUCAGGCCGAGGAAGAGUGCGGCCAGCUCUUGCCAAGGCUGGAGGAAGCCCCUGCUGAGUCAAGCCUUUGGAAGCAGAGCUUGUCCCAAGCAUUGGCCCAGCAUGUCCAACCAAGGAGAUGACUGCUACUUCUAUUUCUACUCCACCUGCAACAAGGGGGACAGCUGCUCCUUCCGCCACUGCGAGGCCGCCCUGGGCAACGAGACCGUCUGCACCCUCUGGCAGGAGGGUCGCUGCUUCAGGAAUAUCUGCAGGUUCAGACACAUGGAAAUCGAUAAGAAGCGCAGUGAGAUCCCUUGCUACUGGGAGAACCAACCAGUGGGCUGCCAGAAGUCCAACUGUGCUUUCCACCACACCAAAGGACGUUAUGUGGAUGGCCUCUUCCUGCCACCCAGCAAGACCACGCUCCCAAGUCCCCCUGAGGCAGCAGAGGAUGAUGUGAAACUGGCUCAGCUGUCCCUGCAGCAAAGCAAACUUUCUGUCCAGUCCAAUCCCUCCCCACAGCUGAGGGGGGUGAUGAAAGUGGAGAACUCUGAGAAUGUCCCCAGUCCAACCCAUCCUCCUGUUGUAAUCAAUGCUGCAGAUGAUGAUGAAGAUGAUGAUGAUCAGCUCUCUGAAGAGGGAGAAGAAACUAAAACCCCUGUCCAGCAGCCAUCCCCAGAGGCCCAUAAUGGAUUGAGGAUCAUUUCCACCAGGAAAUCCAACUCUAACACCAAGCAAGAUGACAACUUGAAUUUUGGAAUCAAAACCCUUGAGGAAAUCAAACUGAAGAAACUAAAGGAAAAAACAAAAAAACAAGGUGAAGGUCCUUCAGGAGUUUCAGUUCAUCCACUCCAGCCCAGGAGCAUUCCUGUGCCAGAAAAGGAGAAUGUGAGGACAGUUGUGAGGACAGUGACCCUGUCCUCAAAGCAAGGGGAGGAGCCAGUGAUCAGGCUGAACCUUGCUGAGAGGCUGGGGAAACGAAAAGCCUCCCCAGCUGGCAAAAAUGUCCUUCCCCUGAAGCGCAACCUGGCCGAGAGGCUGGGGAAGAAGAUUGACACCUUGGAGAAUGCAGACAAGGCACCCAAGAGAGUUCAAGUCCCCAAGUCCCUGAAGGAGAGGCUGGGAUUGUCCUCUGAACAGCCCAGUGCAGAGCCAGAGAGGGCUGCCAGGCCGGCAGGAGAGAUCCACGUCAAAACACUGGAGGAGAUUCGGCUUGAGAGAGCUACUCAGAGGCGAGGAGAGCCUCAGGCCAGAGCCCAGGCCGAGGGCCGCUGUAAGGCAGAGGAUCCCAGCUCAGGGGCAAGGCCUCCCCCUGCAGGCCGCAGCAAAACCUUCUCGGGAGCCCUGGCCGAGAAGAACGAGAGGCAGCUGGAGGAGGAGAAGCCCAAGGCGGAGGAGUUCCCCGCCAGAACAAAGGCUGAGGGCGAGCCCAGGAAGCUGAGUGUCCUGUCCCCAUCUGUGCCCAGCAAGGUGCAGCUGGCAGAGCCGGGGGGCAGAGCCAAGGCUGCAGGAGAAGUGAGGAUUAAAACCUUGGAAGAGAUCAAGAAGGAGAAAGCUCUGCGGCUGCAGCAGAGCGGAGAGAAGCUGGCGGCGGCCGCGGCGCAGCCGGAGCCUGCCCCGGCUGGCAGGAGGCUGCUGCGAGUCACAAAGCUGAUGGCUCCUGGAAGAGAAGAAAAGAAGAUUGUGGAACUGAGCAAGACCUCUCCCAGAGCUGUCUCUGCUCCUGCAGAGUCCUCUGACCAGGGCACAACAAACUCCAAAGUUCAAGUGAAGAGCCUGGAAGAGAUCAUGAGGGGCAAGAGGCAACUGAAGCAGCGCCAGGAGGAGAAGCUGCAGAAGGAGGCAGCUGCUGUGCCAUCAGCUCCUGCUGAGAGAGCAACCAAGGAGAAGGCUCCAGCAUCAGGGAGUCCUGAGUCCAGCCUGGUUUCAGGGGCAGCUUGCCAACGUGGGAAGAGGAUAACAGGGAGAGCUGUGGAAGAGGAGGGGGCUGAAGGCCCAGGGAAGGAUGCUGCUGUGUCCCCAGGGAAGCAGCCAGCUCAGCUCCCCGAGCGCAGGGCUAAAACCAAACCCAAGGUGUGUCUGAAGCCCCUGGAGGGGAAGGGCAACUCCCCCACGAAGCAGACCCUGAAACGCAGGGCAGCUGAGAGCCAUCCCUCUGCUGUGGCAGCUGUGAAGCCCUUGAAUGCCACUGGUGGGGACACCAAGGAGCCUUCAGCUAAGAAAGCAGCUGUGGCCAUUGUUCCUUCUUUGCCAGAGGACAGCCUGGUCUCCAUACCUGUGAGAGACAAACCCAAAACCAGUCCUGAAGUGCACCUUGGAAGCCAGGCAGACUCCAUGGCACAGUCAGAGGUCUCCAGCUCCACCUCAGCUUCGUCCCAGGUCCCAGCCAAGGCUCGCAGGCUGAGCUCCACAGGGGCUGGGAAAGCUCCUUUGUCAGUAGAGGAUGACUUUGAGAAGCUGAUCUGGGAGAUCUCAGGAGGCAAACUGGAAGCAGAAAUUGACCUGGACCCUGGCAAAGAUGAGGAUGACCUCCUCUUGGAACUGUCUGAGAUGAUUGACAGCUGAACUGCAGCUCCUGGGGGAUUGAAAGAAAAACAGAGAGAGUAAACAAACUUAAUCAAAACUGUCUCUUGUUGGACACCCAGAGGUGAAGGACACCCAGAGGUGAAGGUUGAUCCUCUUCCUACCUGAGGUUUUGCAAGGAGUCUUAAAGCACAGUUGAACCUGGCAGCCUCUGCACUCAGCUGUCCUGCAUUUCCCUGCUGCUCAGAGUUGAGGUCUUCUGCAUCCUGCUGGGACUCUUGGCAGCAGCAGCAGGAGGAGGAGGAGGAGGAGGACAAAGCACUUCUGUAUUUUGGGAGAGAGAGAGAUGCCCACCUCUAAACUUGGGGGGGUUGGGAAAUCCAUCUCCUGCUUGAGCCAUGCUCUGAAGGCUUCAACUCCCAAGCUGCAUCCCCUCAGCCCUUGGCAAAACUCAGCACUGGGCACGUUUCAAAGCUUUGAUGUUCUUCAUUUCCUGGACAGUUGCUCUCUAAAGCCUGGAGUUACUAUGUCAACUCUUGAGUUUUAUUUAUGUCUGCUCUCCUUUUUGGACUGUCACCUUUUUUGGGGGGGUAACUUAAUGGAAAG